CAUUCUGUGGCGGCGACAGCGGUGACAGCGACAGCGGCGUUCAUGUCCUAACGGGUGGCGGCGGCGGGCGAGCCGGGCCCCUCCAUGCGGGGGCCGCGGGGCCGCAGCGCUCUGGCCGCCUUUGCGUUGCUGGUGCUGCUCGGGGUAGCGGCGGGCGGCCCGGAGCCGCCGCCGAGCGAUGCCGCGGCUGUGGAGGCCGCGUUCGGGCUGGGGGCGGCCGCCGCUCCCGCCGCUCUGCCCGCUGGUUCCGCGGACGUGACAGUGGAGGACGAUGAGGGCGGUGUGGCCCCUGCAGGGCCCGGAGAGCCGGACGCUGAGGGCAGCGGAGAGGCCCGGACCGGCAGCAGGUCUCUGGUGAUCAUCAGCACCUUGGAUGGACGGAUUGCUGCUCUGGAUCCAGAGAACAGUGGCAGGAAACAGUGGGAUCUGGAUGUGGGAUCAGGCUCUCUUGUGUCAUCCAGCCUCAGUAAACCAGAGGUGUUUGGAAACAAGAUCAUUAUCCCUUCCUUGGAUGGGGACCUGUUCCAGUGGGAUCGGGAUCGGGGCAGCAUGGAGGCCGUGCCCUUCACGGUGGAGUCUCUGCUCGAGUCAUCCUACAAAUUCGGCGAGGACGUCGUCCUGGUUGGGGGAAAGUCUCUGACCACCUAUGGGCUGAGCUCCUAUUCAGGGAAGGUGAAGUACAUCUGCUCGGCCGUGGGCUGCCGCCGCUGGGACGAUGAGGAGAGCGAGCAGGAGGAGACGCUGCUGCUGCACCGCACCCAGAAAACCGUGCGGGCUGUGGGGCCACGCAGCGGCAACGAGAAGUGGAAUUUCAGUGUUGGUCACUUUGAGCUGCGCUAUGUCCCAGAUAUUGAAACUAGAGCAGGAUACAUUGAGAGCGAUUUUAAAUCAGCUAUGAACAAAGAAGAAACAAAAAUUAUUUCAGAGGUGGAUGAGCAGGAAGCUAUGAUGAAAGACACAGUGAUAAAGGUCUCUGUGGCUGACUGGAAGGUGAUGGCUUUUAACAGAAGAGGAGGACAUCUGGAAUGGGAAUACCAGUUUUGCACUCCAAUUGCUUCUGCAUGGCUGCUUAAGGAUGGCAAAGUAAUUCCAAUCAGUCUGUUUGAUGACACGAGUUACACAGCAAACAACGAGGUACCAGAGGAUGAAGAAGAUCUUGUGGAAGCUGCCAGAGGGGCCACAGAAUCCAGUGUCUAUUUGGGUAUGUUCAGGGGCCAGUUGUACCUUCAAUCAUCAGUCAGAAUUUAUGAGAAAUUCCCAACCAACCCAAAGGCUCUGGAAUCCAGGAAUGAUAAUGCAAUUAUUCCUCUUCCCAAAAUCAAAUGGAAACCUUUAAUCCAGUCCCCUUCCAGGACCCCAGUGUUGGUGGGCUCUGAUGAGUUUGAUAAGUGUCUCAGCAAUGACAAAUAUUCCCAUGAGGAAUACAGCAACGGAGCGCUGUCAGUUCUGCAGUACCCAUAUGAUAAUGGUUAUUACUUACCCUACUACAAGAGGGAGAGGAACAAGCGCAGCAACCAGAUCACGGUUCGGUUUUUUGACGACGCGAGUUACAAGAACAUUCGCAAGAAGGAUCCUGUUCUGCUGCUGCACUGGUGGAAGGAGAUUGUUGGCACCAUUUUGUUCUGUAUCGUGGCCACCACCUUCAUUGUGCGCAAACUCUUCCACCCCCACCCCUACAGCAGACUGCGGAAGGAGUCUGAAACACAGUGUCAGACUGAUUGUAAGUAUGAGCCCACUUGUGGAGACAUUAAAGACAACAGCUGGAGUGAUGCCAAGAACUCUGGAUAUGUGUCAAGAUACCUGACAGAUUUUGAACCAAUCCAGUGUCUGGGUCGUGGAGGUUUUGGAGUGGUUUUUGAAGCCAGAAAUAAAGUAGAUGACUGCAACUAUGCCAUCAAGAGGAUCCGAUUGCCCAACAGGGAGCUGGCUCGGGAGAAGGUGAUGAGGGAGGUCAAGGCUCUGGCUAAGCUCGAGCAUCCAGGGAUUGUUCGCUAUUUCAAUGCAUGGCUGGAAGCUCCCCCUGAGAGAUGGCAGGAAAAGAUGGAUGAGCAGUGGCUGAAAGAUGAAAGCACUGAUUGGCCACUCAGUUCUCCCAGCCCAAUGGAUGUCCCAUCAUUUAAGAUCACAACAGAGCCAUUUUCAACAGAGGAACACAUUGAAGUUACUGCAGCUUCCUCAGAGAGGGUGAGGUCUGUGGGCAUACCCUGUGGUCAGUCAGAUUCAUCUGGAAGCCAGUUUUCCCCUCUGGAAUUUUCUGACACAGACAACAAGGACUUGCAGCACUCAGAAGAUCCCCUGUUAAACCUUCAGGACAGUGUCCUUACAGGCUGUGAUGUAGAAGACAGCACUAUCAACAGUAAUGAGCUGGGACACUCCUUGGAAAUUUGUCCUUCAGCUGUUCCUGUUGUGCAUCUGAAGGAAGGGACCUCCUCCUCCAUUGUGUUUGAGGAUUCUGGCUGUGGAAAUGCCUCCAGUAAGGAAGAGAAAGUUGAUGUUUCACAUAAUGAGAGUCCUUCUGAGGAUAAAGGGAAAAGUACAAAGGAAUCUGAUAACAAGAAAUCUGCUUCAGGAAGUCCCCUCUCUGUUUCUCCUCCAAGGCCAACGAGUUUAAGCCUGGACCUUUCUAAAAACACUGCAGAAAAAGUGAAGCCCACCUCUCCAAAGGUGUAUCUGUACAUCCAGAUGCAGCUGUGCAGGAAAGAGAACCUCAAAGACUGGAUGAGCAGGAGAUGCACCAUAGAGGAGAGGGAAAGGACAGAGUGUCUGCAGAUCUUUCUGCAGAUUGCUGAAGCUGUUGACUUUCUGCACAGCAAAGGAUUAAUGCACAGGGAUCUCAAGCCUUCCAAUAUAUUUUUCACAAUGGAUGACAUAGUAAAGGUUGGGGAUUUUGGACUGGUGACUGCUAUGGACCAAGAUGAGGAGGAGGAAUCAGUUCUGACCCCAAUGCCAGCUUAUGCCAGGCACACAGGACAAGUAGGGACCAAACUCUACAUGAGCCCAGAACAGAUCUGUGGCAACACCUAUUCUCACAAGGUGGAUAUCUUCUCUCUGGGACUGAUUCUCUUUGAGCUGCUCUACCCCUUCAGCACACAGAUGGAGAGGGUCAAGACUUUAAGUGAUGUUCGAAAUUUGAAUUUUCCACCAUUGUUCACUCAGAAAUAUGCACAAGAGUACACCAUGGUGAAGGACAUGCUCUCUCCAAGUCCCACUGAACGCCCAGAGGCUGCAGCAAUCAUAGAAAAUCCUGUCUUUGAAGACUUGGAGCUGCCCCCCAAGCCCGUGCUCAGGCAGAGGUCACGGACAAUGAGCCUAUCAGGAAAUAAACAUUCCAGACAACCAAGCAAAUAACUAUCCUCAGGAUCACUUCUUCCACUCGGCAGGUUUCACAGGGAUUGUUCAGCAGAAGGAUCCUAUGAUGCAGAAUGUUUAUCUUGGGAAUAGUUUACUUCAGCUUUUUUUGCCAUGUUUAAUGUAUAAGACAUGUUGGACAGAUUUCUGUUUACUUUGACAGCCAAGGAAGCCCAGUAACCAAACCUUUCACAUUCCAUUUUCCUUACCUUUGC